AUGGCUAACAACAACAUCCCAAGCUCCGAUCCCUUCCUCCUGGAACAUCUGAUCGAAGAUUCCACCCGCGAGGUGACGAAUCGUCGUCGGCAAGAAGAACCACAACAUGCCCUUGCCGGACAGAGAAGGCCGAGACAUGAGACCUCGCAACCUAGGAGGCAGCGGGUCCAGAACAUCCAGCAGCUGCAGGGCCUCCAACAGAAUGAGAAUGAGACCGACGCCAGAGACGGGCACGCUGCUUCCUCAUUCACCCACACCUCCGACAGGCAGAGAGCCCGUCAUGUAGAAGAGGAGGAACCGCUCAACAUCCCCGAGGAUACUGACCCCAUCACUGUCCGCCUGCUCAAAGAACUGCAAAAGACGAACAGCCUCAUACGACUUCAGGACGACCGUAUCCACGAGCUGGAAAGGAAGCGACGGUACCGCUCCCCUCCGCGGAGACAUUACCGGUCGCGCUCCUAUUCCUCCUCGCGCUCACCUCCGAGGAGACACCGUCGGCGUUCCCCAUCUUCUUCACGCUCACCACCUAGAAGACACCGCCGUCGGAGAUCAUAUUCCCGCUCUCCACCAAGAAAGAGCAGGAAGAAUCAGAGACCAGAGGUCACUGAAGCAAGAAGCCUCUCCCCCGAGCAGGGUCAUCGGGGCCCCUCCAAGGCUGUGCUGAAACCCCGCGAGUGUCCCUCUCCUCGGGAUAAUCGCGUCAGCCCCAACAAUGACUAG